AUGCUCCGAGAUCUCGCCGAAACGCUGGAACAAGCCACGCCAAGGCAAACAGAGGAGGAGGAUUCCGACAGCGAUGAUGAUGACAUCGAGGGUAUCCUGCGACAUCAAUCCGAGACGGGGCAAAUAUCCCUGUCAGCUUUGAAAGCUUACAUUCGCUCUGGAUUGCAGUCGCACGGAACCGACGUGCGGUUUAACGACAGAGACUUGUUCGGAGACGGCGACCAGUCACCGAUUCACUUGGAUCACCAAGGGAAACAGUUUUAUCGUGAGCUCUUUCGGACGGGUGGCGACAUUCGUCAGCUAGCCGCCCUGGGCUGCGAGCCACUCAGUCCGUUUGCAAAAAUGUGCGUAACGGGUGCCGUACAUGCAGUGCGAGAAAUGUUGCAACAAUUGGACGACCCGUUGGGAUUCGCUCCAACGAAACUCAUACAAGCGUUGGAAAAGAGAGAAACUUCCAUGCGGCUUUCUCCGCUGCUCAUGAUCGUGUCAAUGGGAAAGAGUUUGCAAUUGCCAAAGACGUCUUUGGCUCAGAAGCAACGACAGGUUGCGGAGAUUUUAUUGGAGUACGGCGCCCGCCCAGAUGCCAAGGAUGUUUGUGGAAAAACAGUGUGUCACUACGGAAUGGACCAAGAGGCGACAGCCAUGACUCAAUACGUUGCUGACCUGUGUAUUGUUGCAAACCAGUCGAGCCAUUUUUUCAAUCAAAAGGUUGUCUUGCACAGUCUGCAUAACGAAAGCAUGAACGGCAAGAUCGGUAUUGCCAAAGGCUAUGUAGUCAGCACAAAACGACGAGCAGUUCUAAUAAUGGACACGAAAAAGAUAGUCGGUAUUAAGCCGGAAAACAUACUGUUGCAGCAACCUUCGAAAGCACCUCAAGAGUUGGUAAAGCUGUACGACGCACAGGAUCGACUCGGUGAAGUCUGCCUCCUCGAAUGCGUCCUUAAAAAUUGCGUCGAUGCCACCCAGCACUUGCUCGGUGAACACAAUGCACGCGUCGACAUUGAGGACUGGGAUGGGUUUUCACCACUAAGCAUGGCAACAAUCCCGGCAGACAGUCCGGCAAAUGAAGCCAGCCGCAUUAUUAGCAAGUAUACAGCAAAAAAGAAGAGGCAACGUGAAAAAAACUUUUCCAAGGAAGGAAGCCUUUCUAACACGAAAGUAUAG